AUGAAGCUGACAUCACCACGAACCUUCCUUCCCGGUACUGGGAUGAGAAAGUAUCAUACGACGGGGCUUCUGAGGACUCUCUCGUCCAGACCUUCCCAUUCCAUCGUCUCCUCGACUUCUGUAUCGAUUCCAGGAAAUAAAUAUAUGCGGUCUCCUGUCUCUGGCGUUAACUCUUUCAAUCAUCCAACUUUUACCACUAAGCGGUUCGCCAGCAUGAAAGCAUUGGUGUAUCAAAGCCAAGGCAAGGUGGCCUUGGAAGACCGCCCGCGCCCAACUCUUCAAUCCUCAACCGAUGCCAUCGUCAAACUUAAGCACACCACGAUUUGCGGUACGGACCUGCAUAUCAUCAAGGGAGAUGUACCAACUGCGAUUCCCGGGCGUAUCCUAGGCCAUGAAGGCGUGGGAACGGUGGAGGAGAUUGGAACUAGUGUUACGAGCGUUAAGCCCGGUGACACCGUGCUCAUCUCGUGUAUCACGGCCUGCGGAGGCUGCUCCUAUUGCCGGAGAGAGAUGUCCUCGCACUGCACCUCGGGUGGGUGGAUUCUAGGCCAUACUAUCGACGGCACGCAGGCGGAGUACGUGCGCAUUCCGCAUGCGGCGUCUUCUCUGUACAAGUUACCUAGCACAGUCAGCUUGUCCGAUGCAGUGAUGUUAUCUGAUGCCAUGCCCACCGGGUUAGAGUGCGGAACAUUGAAUGGGAAGGUGAAACCGGGAAGUUCGGUUGUGGUUAUUGGUGCGGGUGCGGUGGGGAUGUCUGUGAUGAUGACGUCAAUGUUGUAUUCGCCGGCCCUGCUUGUUGUGGUGGAUCUGGAUGACACGCGAUUGGCCAUGGCAAGGAGCUUCGGGGCCCAUGAGACGGUCAACGGCAAGAAUCAAACGGAGGCUGUGGAGAAAUUGAUGAAGUUAACUGAUGGGCAAGGGUUCGAUGCGGUUAUUGAAGCUGUGGGGGUUCCAGGGACUUUCCAGUUGUGUCAGGAUCUCGUUGCGCCUGGAGGGGUUAUUGCGAACGUUGGUGUGCAUGGCAAGAAGGUGGAUUUGCACUUGGAGAAGUUGUGGGAUAGGAAUAUCUCUAUCACCACACGGCUCGUCGAUGCUGUCACCACUCCGAUGCUGCUGAAGCUGUUCAAAGCUGGUAAAUUGGAUCUUUCCAAACUCUCAACGCACCAAUUUUCAUUCGGCGAGUGUGAAAAGGCAUAUGACGUCUUUGGCGCUGCGGCGCAACACAAUGCCAUGAAGGUCUUGAUAAAUAUGUAA